GUGUGCUAAGUUUGAACCCAAGAAGCAUAAUAUAUGUAUAUAGUUAUUGAUCCAAUACAGAAUUGUAUAAAUAUAUAAUCGAUGACAAGAAGAAAUAAAAUAGUAUAAUAUAUGUAUAGUCAAUUAGCCUUUAAUUAUAUAAAAUACAUAUGUGUUCCUGCUUCCUCUGUUCACAAUUGGAUCUAAAAGCAUCCUCAAUGCUACAACUUCUCAAAGGGUUGUUAUCAGAUUUAUAUUUAUCUAAUUAAGAUAUAUUUUGUUAUAAAUAGUUAUACCAAUUAUAAAAUGACACAUGCAUGUGUAGAGUAUCUAUGAUUUUUCAUUUGAGAAAUUUCUUAUUUUUUAUUACUGAGAUAUACGAUGAGAAACAACCAAUGAAACUACUAUAUGGAAGAAAAGUAAGUGAGACCAAAACAAAUACACAAACUUACGCUAUAAAACAAAAACGAGUUGUUUGAAUAUGAACUUGAACUUGUAAAAUUCUUGGAAAACUAAUUACAAAUCUUUUGGACUUUGUGAGAAAAAUAUUCAACAUUAAUGAAGAAUUAUUCAAACGUACUCUACUCAUUCCACCACAUGUAUGGCUACUGCAAAAAAAAAAACGACUCGUCAUACCCUAUAUAAACGAUAUAUAUUUCCUUCGUCCUUCACAAACAUUUCAUGCCCCCAUAUCUCUCUCUACGAGCAAAAAAAAAGAGAUGGGGCCUAAGAAUAUCAUUUUGGCAAUAUUUAUAAUUGCCAUAACCAUCAUCGUACUGAUUUCUACAGUAUCCGUUAGCAACAGCGAAACAGAAACGCAUAUGCAAACGCAAACGCUCGUUACGAAGGAACCUCUUAGGGUGAGUCGUUUCCUAGCGCAAAACGAGAAGAGAGGUCAUCGCAACCCUAACGCGGCUGAUCAUUGCAACAAGAACGAGGAGAUAUGCAAGAGUCAAGGAUCGUCCAACUCCACAAUGGCUUGUUGUAGCAACAAGUGUGUUGAUGUGGCGUACGAUAACGAUAAUUGCGGCGCCUGUAACAACCAAUGCAAGUUCACGCAGACUUGUUGUGGAGGAGAAUGUGUUUACUUGGCUUAUGAUAAGAGGCAUUGUGGGGAGUGUAACCAUCGUUGUUUGGUUGGUGACGUUUGUGUCUAUGGGUUGUGUAAUUACGCUUGAUAUAUGUGGUUAGUUAGUUUUUCUAUAGUAAACUUUGCUAUGUUUACUAGUGUUCCAGUUAAUGUGAUUUUAUAAUAUAAUAUUCUUGUUUGGAUUGUUGCUUUCUUAUAUAGAAAUUUGGAUCAAGAAAUUGAUAAAAAUAUGUUGGUUUUCUUAGUGUUUGAUAUUGCGAGAAGAUUCAACGAAAUGGAAAAGCACUAGUCACUGGAUGUUCUUAGGUUAGUAACUGCAAGAUUUAUACUAUUGUAAAAUUCAAUUUUUGUAACUUAAUAAUGCCUAACAAGCUAAACCAUGUUCGUUUUUGUAACUGGACGAUGUAUAAUUGUAUACAUAUGUUGCAUUGAAACGGUGUUUUAGUAUGAUUUUUAUACAUAAUUUUUAUAUUUAGUUGUUGACUUGUGUAGAUGUUUAAUUUGUCCAUUUUUUUCACAGAGUACUUAAUGCAACUAAUUACAAAAAUAAAAUUUAUCACAUUUAUUAAAAAUAAAUUAUAUGUUAAUUAAAAAUAAAUAAAAACAGUUCUAAGAAAUUUUCUUUCCGAAAUUCCAACAAAAUUCAAAAAUUUUAUUUUAGAAAAGCUUCGUAUUACUUAAGGAGCUGUUUCUAUUAGUAAGCCUUGCCAAUUAUUUGAAACCCUUACUUAAGCGAAUCUUAUGAUAUUUAAUUUGGGGUUUUCUUUA